AUGUGCUGCUCGCUGUUGGCUGAAGAUGAGACAGGGACUGAGAAUGGGCAGCAACAAUCAAUGAGGACUGUGGAGGGCAGGUACAAAUGUCUAGUGUGCAAGAGGGGUGGGGGAACCUCGCGGGACUCUACAGCAGGCAGGGUGGGGCUAGCAGCACGGUGGGCUUCUGUAGGAGAUUGCGCAGGUGUCCAGUGGGGUUGCACUUGUGCAAAGGGCGGGCGGGCAGCGAGGCGGGAACCGGAAAGGACGGGCGGGCAGCGAGGCGGGAACCGGAAAGGGCGGGCGGGCGUCGAGGCGGGAACCGGAAAGGGCGGGCGGGCGUCGAGGCGGGAACCGGAAAGGGCGGGCGGGCGUCGAGGCGGGAACCUGAAAGGGCGGGCGGGCGUCGAGGCGGGAACCGGAAAGGGCGGGCGGGCGUCGAGGCGGGAACCGGAAAGGGCGGGCGGGCGUCGAGGCGGGAACCGGAAAGGGCGGGCGGGCGUCGAGACGGGAACCGGAAAGGACGGGCGGGCGUCGAGGCGGGAACCGGAAAGGACGGGCGGGCGUCGAGGCGGGAACCGGAAAGGACGGGCGGGCGUCGAGGCGGGAACCGGAAAGGACGGGCGGGCAGCGAGGCGGGAACCGGAAAGGACGGGCGGGCAGCGAGGCGGGAACCGGAAAGGACGGGCGGGCAGCGAGGCGGGAACCGGAAAGGACGGGCGGGCAGCGAGGCGGGAACCGGAAAGGACGGGCGGGCAGCGAGGCGGGAACCGGAAAGGACGGGCGGGCAGCGAGGCGGGAACCGGAAAGGACGGGCGGGCAGCGAGGCGGGAACCGGAAAGGACGGGCGGGCAGCGAGGCGGGAACCGGAAAGGACGGGCGGGCAGCGAGGCGGGAACCGGAAAGGACGGGCGGGCAGCGAGGCGGGAACCGGAAAGGACGGGCGGGCAGCGAGGCGGGAACCGGAAAGGACGGGCGGGCAGCGAGGCGGGAACCGGAAAGGACGGGCGGGCAGCGAGGCGGGAACCGGAAAGGACGGGCGGGCAGCGAGGCGGGAACCGGAAAGGACGGGCGGGCAGCGAGGCGGGAACCGGAAAGGACGGGCGGGCAGCGAGGCGGGAACCGGAAAGGACGGGCGGGCAGCGAGGCGGGAACCGGAAAGGACGGGCGGGCAGCGAGGCGGGAACCGGAAAGGACGGGCGGGCAGCGAGGCGGGAACCGGAAAGGACGGGCAGGCAGCGAGGCGGGAACCGGAAAGGACGGGCGGGCAGCGAGGCGGGAACCGGAAAGGACGGGCGGGCAGCGAGGCGGGAACCGGAAAGGACGGGCGGGCAGCGAGGCGGGAACCGGAAAGGACGGGCGGGCAGCGAGGCGGGAACCGGAAAGGACGGGCGGGCAGCGAGGCGGGAACCGGAAAGGACGGGCGAACAGCGAGGCGGGAACCGGAAAGGACGGGCGGGCAGCGAGGCGGGAACCGGAAAGGACGGGCGGGCAGCGAGGCGGGAACCGGAAAGGACGGGCGGGCAGCGAGGCGGGAACCGGAAAGGACGGGCGGGCAGCGAGGCGGGAACCGGAAAGGACGGGCGGGCAGCGAGGCGGGAACCGGAAAGGACGGGCGGGCAGCGAGGCGGGAACCGGAAAGGACGGGCGGGCAGCGAGGCGGGAACCGGAAAGGACGGGCGGGCAGCGAGGCGGGAACCGGAAAGGACGGGCGGGCAGCGAGGCGGGAACCGGAAAGGACGGGCGGGCAGCGAGGCGGGAACCGGAAAGGACGGGCGGGCAGCGAGGCGGGAACCGGAAAGGACGGGCGGGCAGCGAGGCGGGAACCGGAAAGGACGGGCGGGCAGCGAGGCGGGAACCGGAAAGGACGGGCGGGCAGCGAGGCGGGAACCGGAAAGGACGGGCGGGCAGCGAGGCGGGAACCGGAAAGGACGGGCGGGCAGCGAGGCGGGAACCGGAAAGGACGGGCGGGCAGCGAGGCGGGAACCGGAAAGGACGGGCGGGCAGCGAGGCGGGAACCGGAAAGGACGGGCGGGCAGCGAGGCGGGAACCGGAAAGGACGGGCGGGCAGCGAGGCGGGAACCGGAAAGGACGGGCGGGCAGCGAGGCGGGAACCGGAAAGGACGGGCGGGCAGCGAGGCGGGAACCGGAAAGGACGGGCGGGCAGCGAGGCGGGAACCGGAAAGGACGGGCGGGCAGCGAGGCGGGAACCGGAAAGGACGGGCAGGCAGCGAGGCGGGAACCGGAAAGGACGGGCGGGCAGCGAGGCGGGAACCGGAAAGGACGGGCGGGCAGCGAGGCGGGAACCGGAAAGGACGGGCGGGCAGCGAGGCGGGAACCGGAAAGGACGGGCGGGCAGCGAGGCGGGAACCGGAAAGGACGGGCGGGCAGCGAGGCGGGAACCGGAAAGGACGGGCGGGCAGCGAGGCGGGAACCGGAAAGGACGGGCGAACAGCGAGGCGGGAACCGGAAAGGACGGGCGGGCAGCGAGGCGGGAACCGGAAAGGACGGGCGGGCAGCGAGGCGGGAACCGGAAAGGACGGGCGGGCAGCGAGGCGGGAACCGGAAAGGACGGGCGGGCAGCGAGGCGGGAACCGGAAAGGACGGGCGGGCAGCGAGGCGGGAACCGGAAAGGACGGGCGGGCAGCGAGGCGGGAACCGUAA